AUGGAAGCCGCUGCAAUGGAAUGGGAUGAUGGCCCAUCGUGUGACCUUUUUCCAGUUGGGAGCGAAGACUACGAGUGGUUUCACCAGGAAGUGCCACCUAAAUCUUCAAAGAUCCCAUAUGUAGUUGCCACUCCCUCUGCUGCGAUGCACUCGGAUUCAGCGGGGCCUACAUUUGACAAAACGCCAGAGGCAGCUAGGGCUAAUGUGAAUAAGAUUGCACAUCCAAUUGCAACAGACAUCUCUUCUUCUCUUUUUGACAGCGAUCCAAAAGUUUCCACCUCAAAUGAGAUCAACAAGCCUAUCUUUGAUGCAUCUCCUGUUGUCACCACAGCAACUGUUGGGUCUUUAGGUAAUUCAACUAUCUCUGGAUUUGGAACACCAAAUGUUGAUUCCAGCAGUGGGCCAAGUUGUGCUUCGAAGAAGGCUGUCAAGAAGAAGAAAGGGGCUGCCCAGUCACCUGAUGGGGUUCUGAAGAUGAAGAAGAUCAAGAUUGAUGCAACCGGGGACUCUUUACAUCAGCAGUAUGUUAUGAACAGAUACAAGUUAAGGAAACCAAAGGAAGGCGAAUCUCUCCUUGCUUUCAUUGAAAUAGAUGGCUUCCACACCUCCCUUCAGAAUUUCCAUGCCUCGCUAAAGCCACGAGCCGAGAUUGACAAUGAGGUCAUGACUCUCUACCUCAAAACUUUCAACAUAGAGCAAAUUUGCAGCAGGAAGAAGCUGAAGAAGUUUGCAUUCUCAGUUUUUAUGAGUGGUCAACUGGCUGCUGAGCCUGAAGUUUUUGAUCCUAAACUGUGUGAAAGGGAGUUUAGGAUGGCCUAUGAGAGCAGCAACAUAUCAAGUUGCGAUCUACUUUUCUUUAUAGUUGUCCAGAAGAGGCACUGGGCUGUAGUUGUUGCAAACUUGGCAAUGAAGCAAUUCAACAUUUUCAACCCAAUAAAGAACAACAAAGAUGUGCAACUGCUACACAAGGCAACCAGCAAUAUGAUCACGAACCUAAACAGAGUGGCAAGGAGUGAACCAGCAUUCAAACAUGAUCUCGAUUUGUUUGAGGAGUUUAAUCCACAGCAAGGAACUUACUAUGAUUGCAGAUUUUUUGCUAUUCUGUACUUGGAGAACUUCGAUGGUGUGGUCAUGGCAUCAUUUGAUCAGGAAUACAUUCCAAAGCUGCGGAUGAGGAUUGCAUCAGAUCUGUUGAGGCACCCUGACAACAAGUUGGACCCUGCGGAGCAGCUGAAGAAGAUGCUGCAUCAAAAGGGUGGUCGUUCUUGA